GACCGAUGCUGACUAUUCCUCGAGAACCGCAUAUAAAUGUUGUUCACUCUACGUACGAAAGCAGAUGCUCGGGGGUACUGGAAGAAGUGAACUGUUAAAGAGACGUGAAUUACCCUAUCAUGUCAAUCUUCGGCAAGCGUUGGGUCCCAUUUCUGGAGCUGCUGUCAUAUCUUCGUUUUCGUAGUCAUGGCUUUUAGUGCCAAAACCAGCAUCAUGUCCCCAUAAUCUCGUGUCUUCUGGGCCUUCUCUGGGGACCAUGGGCUCUCUGGAUGGCGUUUCAUAGAGAAGGUAUAUAUGCGUGCUCCAGAAUGUUUGCGCCUGACAAAGGCGUCCAGGUCGACCGGCGCUUCAGAAUUCCAUUUGACGUAGUCGCAGUCACAUCUGUAAUCGCUUGCUUGCUUACAUUCGUCAAUAUCGGAAACCCGACCGCCUUCAACGGCGUAGUAUCACUCACCAUUGCCUCUCUGUCUGGAUUGUACCUCCUCGCCUGCGGAUGUCUGCCGUGGCGUCGUCUUCAAGGCCGCAUAGGCGAGUCUAAAGGCACUAGUACACAUGGAUCAAUUGCUAACACCAUCGGCCGGAAACUGGUCUGUGGACCUUGGAAGCUACCCGAGUGUCUUGAGUUGCCAAUAACACCCUGACCUGAUGCUACCUAGUCAUCAUUCUCUUCUUUAGCUUCUGGCCAUCAACGCUUCC